AUGGCACCCAAAAAAACACCCAAGGUCCAGGGUGUGGAGGAGGCUCUGGAGGAGGGGGCUACAGGAGGAGAACCUGUGGUAGGAUCAUCCAAGGAAGCCGAAACUGACUCUCUGGUAUGCAUGCUUCAAAAAUGUCUUAAGUUUCAGUCAGACUUGAGUAAGCGAUGGAACGAAGAGUCAAAGAAGCAGGAAGAGAGAUGGCAGCAGAUAGAGGAGCAAGUCAGCAGCCUCAGAGAGGGUCUUGCUUCUCCGAUAAGGGGUGGCCCCCAACCCCAUUUCACUCCCCAUCGACAGCAACAGGAGGAACAGGUAGCAGUGUCCCCCAUGCUACAGGAGCAUACUGCAAGAGGCUGGGCACAGUCAGCUAUUCCCAGAUUAGAGGAAGGGGACGACAUUGAACAGUAUCUCACCACGUUUGAGCGCCUGGCAACCGCAUACCAAUGGCCAGAGCUUGAGUGGGCAGUGAGGCUUAUCCCCUAUCUGACUGGUAAGGCCCGUGCAGCCUAUGUGGCCAUGGACUUUGAAGAAUCCUGCAACUAUAAAAAGGUGAAGGAAGCAAUUCUGAUGAAGUACGAAAUCAAUGAGGAUGUAUAUCGCCAGCGGUUCCGUGAGCCAGACCUCCAGCCUGGAGAAACUCCUAGAGAGUUUUAUAAUCGCCUCAAAGACUUGUACCUGAAAUGGAUGCAGCCAGAGAAGAAAGCAAAAGAGCAAGUGGGUGAGGUCCUCAUCUUGGAGCAGUUCUAUCGUUCACUGUCACCAGAGUUGAGAGUCUGGGUUAAGGAACGUACCCCAGCAUCUGGACGUGAAGCGGCUGAGCUUGUGGAGAACUUUUUAUCUGCCCGACGGGGACCAAAGACCUUCCGGUUCGACCCACAGUCUAGGGGCGGCAUGUCACAGGGUGAGUCUGUGGGCUCUGGUAUAGGUGGUGGUCCCGUUCAGAUGGGAGGGGCUGCUAAGAGGGGGCACAAAAAGCCAGAUUGCCCUGCCAGAAAAGCUAAAUCAGCUUAUUUGUGUACUGUACCCCGACCGGGAAGAGGGGGGGUUUCAGGUGAGGGCAAGCAGCAGCUUACUGAGGUUAAAGUGAAUGGGGAGCCAACUUUAGCUUUGCUUGAUACUGGCAGUGUCCAAACCCUGGUUAACCCCUCAGUUUUAAAGGGGCAGGGCCAGUGCGGGGGUCCAUGCCUUGACAUAUCUUGUGUGCAUGGGGAUCAUCGGCUCUAUCCAACUGCCAUAGUGUAUGUAGAGGUGGCUGGCCAAACUUACCUGUUGACAGUGGGGGUGGUGGAAAAUCUAGCUCACCAGGUGAUCUUGGGUCAGGACAUUCCUGUGUUGGCAGACCUAGUCCAGUCCUGUAAACCGGUCUGUGUGGUUACCAGAUCUCAGCACAAAGCCAAGGAGAGUUCUGGGGUAGACGGUGGGGACAUUCAGGUUGACCUAGUUCAGCAGCAGCUAGGUAAAAACUUGGUACAGGUUGCACAAAAUACCUUGUCUGACUUACCGUUUUUUGAGUCUGAUGUACCAAGCGAGGGCUAUUGUAAACCACGUAAAAGGAGGGAAACCAAAGGAGAGCUAGAAAAACACAGGCAAGAACAAACGGAUCAAUUAGAGCUCCAUAAAGUGAAGGCAAAGGAGCUAGAAGAUCUGAAGAAGAGUUACAAAGAAUCCAUGGAUGAACUGGAAACACUACGGACCAAGUUAAAAUGCCUAGAGGAUGAGAGACCACGGUGGGAAGACGAGCUUAGCAAAUACAGAGAAAUCAUCAACAGACAAAAGGCUGAGAUCGGGCGGCAGAGGGACAAGUUGGAGGAGAUCACCAAACUGGAGGAGCAGCAUCUACGUGAUCAGGAGGAGAUUUCAGGGCUCCGAGAGGAAGUGGACAGUUUGACAAACCAACUGUCGGACCUGCAGCAUGACGUGGCGGGAAGCAGAAUGCCGUGGCAGACUUCCUGUCCCGCAGUCCCGAGGUCGUGCCUUCCGAGGGGGGAGGAAAUGUGAGGGAGCUAUAGACCACACCCUCACUCAUCAGGUGAUUGGUGGAGGCACUGAUUUGGAGGCGCGCCCUUAUCAGUGCAGGCCAGGUGCAUCCCAUCGCCCUGAUUUGGACUCUGCCAAGUGCUUCUGGGGGAGGGGAGGUUUAACUGUUAAAAUGGUUUUAACUAUUUAACUAAUACAUGAAAUAAUAGCGAAAAACUGAUAAUCUUGAUGUUUCAAAGUGCAAUAUGAAUUGAUGAAAUGUAAAUAGUUGAAAAUCGUAUUAUUCUAUAUGUAGUAGUUUUUAGAAGUUUAAACUUACCUGUUUGGGGCUUAGUGGUUUAGGCCUAACUAUAUAAGGGGGAAUUUUUUUGUCACGGGGUGUUGCCUGUUGUCUGUCAUGGGGACAUGCGGUCAGAUCUGCUCAUGCCAAUUAAAGGAAAAAAGGUGAAGAACUUGAUUUUUGUUUUGUCGUGUUUGUUGACCCUCGGGUGCUGCGGCUUUCCUGGGCCAGUAAGAGGCCAGAGUUAC